AUGGAGAUGAGUUUGCGUCUGGCAUCGUCUUCAACCUCAAGCCCUGCUUUCCUAUGUAAUUCAGGGAAACAAGUCGCUUUCCCAAGUCGAAAUCAGAGAAUCCCUAAAAAAGCGAAUCCAUUUCGCGUUAGGUCUUCGAUGAGCUUGUCUGGACCCAGACAAACCUUAUCUAGUAACUGGGAUGUGUCUAGUUUCUCCGUUGAAUCUGUUGCUCAAUCGCCUUCGCGCCUACCCAGUUUCGAGGAACUCGAUACCACAAACAUGCUGCUCCGUCGGAGAAUCGUCUUUCUCGGUUCUCAGGUCGAUGAUAUGACAGCAGAUUUAGUCAUAAGUCAGCUCUUGUUACUAGAUGCUGAGGACUCAGAGAAAGACAUCACGCUGUUUAUCAAUUCACCCGGUGGAUCUAUUACUGCUGGGAUGGGAAUAUAUGAUGCGAUGAAACAAUGCAAGGCGGAUGUGUCGACCGUUUGCUUAGGGCUAGCCGCAUCUAUGGGCGCGUUUCUCCUUGCUUCUGGUUCAAAAGGGAAACGGUAUUGCAUGCCUAAUUCUAAAGUUAUGAUCCAUCAGCCACUUGGUACCGCUGGAGGCAAAGCAACAGAAAUGGGUAUACGCAUACGAGAGAUGAUGUACCACAAGAUUAAACUUAACAAAAUCUUCUCUAGAAUCACCGGGAAGCCCGAAUCACAGAUUGAAGAUGACACAGACCGUGAUAAUUUCUUGAAUCCGUGGGAAGCGAAAGAAUAUGGUUUGAUAGACGCUGUAAUUGAUGAUGGCAAACCGGGACUAAUCGCACCAAUUGGAGAUGGUACUCCUCCGCCUAAAACCAAAGUAUGGGAUCUUUGGAAAGUUGAAGGAACCAAGAACGAUAAUAAGAAUUUGCCGAACGAGCACUCGAUGAUACAGAAUGGAAACGCCGCUCCCGAAUAG